GGUUAUGAAAGAAAAGCAUGUUGGUUUCCCCAGAGAAGAAGGAAUAAAUGACUAGCCAUUGCCUUUGAUAACUUCACCAUGGCCAUAUUUUAACCCAAAACAUCAAAAAAAAAAAAAAAAAACUCUUAUUUCUUGAAUUCCCUAGUGUAUAAGUGUAGCAAAAGCAAAAACGCUUAGCAAAAACAGAGUCAUUUCGAGAGAAAUGGCAAUGGAGUUGCAAAGUGGAUUUUCUCUGUUUUGGCAGCAAACAAUUGCUUUACUGAAAAAGAAUUUCUUACUAUCAAUGAGAAGCAAAAGAGCCACAUUUCUUCAGUUAUUCUCUUCGCUAUUCUUCUUGGGACUCUUAUUAGGAAUCCAAAAGGCUAUGGAUUUUCGCUCUAAACAUCCUUCAGCCAUCGGUGCAGUUAAUGAUCCUCAGCCUCUUACUAAUCCUCCAAUACCGCCAUGUGAGCACAAGUUCUUUAUUAAACGUCCGUGUUAUGACUUUGUGUGGAGUGGCAGUGGUAACAAAAGAAUUGAAUCCAUUGUUUCUGGAAUUCUGGCUAAUAAUCCAGGUCGACCUAUUCCUUCUACCAAGGUCAAGUCAUUUGGGACAAAAGAUGAUUUGAACAAUUGGCUUCUCAGUGAUCCAAUGCGUACCCCAGGAGCUUUGCAUUUCGUGGAACGAAAUGCCACAGUUGUAAGUUAUGGUGUAGUAACAAAUACUUCUACAUACAUUCAAGUUCCAAGGAUACCUGAAGAUCCAACUUUCAAAUUCCAACUUCCCCUUCAAUUAGCUGCAUCUCGAGAAAUUGCGAGGUCCUUGCUUGGAGAUUCAAAGUUCCGCUGGAAUGUUGGUCUCAAGGAAUUUGCGCAUCCUGUAAUAGAAGAUCCUGAAGCUGGAGAUUCAUUUCAAAAAUUUGCUUUUGUUGCUAUUUUUAGUCCAAUCUUCUUCUAUGCAAUCUCUAUAUUCGGUUUCGUAUUCCAGAUUAGCUCAAUGGUUCUCGAGAAGGAGCUCAAACUUCGACAGGCAAUGACUGUGAUGGGACUUUUUGACUCAGCUUAUUGGUGCUCAUGGCUUAUAUGGGAGGGAAUUAUGACAUUCCUUUCAUCACUCCUCAUAGUUCUUUUUGGAAUGAUGUUUCAACUUCAUCUUUUCUUGAAAAACAGCUUUUUGAUUGUUCUACUUUUGUUCUUUCUUUUCCAAUUAAACAUGGUUGGUUUUGCCUUCUUAAUAUCAAACUUUAUUCGCAAGUCUGCUUCGACUACAACAGCUAGCUUUGCCAUAUUUGUAAUUGGUUGUGUGACUCAGACAUUUUCAGCGGCUCUAUAUAGUGACACAAACCAUAAAACCAGCUAUAGAAGAAUAAUUUGGUCCUUGUUUCCGCCUAAUCCCUUUUCAGGAGGUCUAAAUCUGUUAUUAUUUGCAGCAGAUCAUGACGGGAUUAGCUGGAGUAGGCUAUCCCAGUGUGACAUUGAUGACGAGGCAUACUGCUAUUCAAUCCUCCAUUAUUAUCGAUGGCUCGUUGCAACGUUCUUCCUGUGGCUUGUUUUGGCUAUCUACCUUGACAAUAUCAUACCGAACUCAGCAGGCGUAAGAAAACCCUUUUAUUAUUUUUUGAAACCUGGAUAUUGGACAGGAAGAGGUGAAGAAAAGUUUAAAGAAAACGCUCCAUGUUGCGGUUCUGGUUCUGCGCCUCCAAAUGACAAUUUUACUCAAGAUGAUGAAGAUGUUCUUGAUGAGGAAAAUAGGGUGAAACAAGCAGCGAAGGAAGGGAAUGUUGAUCCUAAUGUUGCUGUGCAGCUACAAGACCUUUAUAAGAUGUAUUCUAGGACAAUUAACUUUAGUUGCCAUUCUUGCUGCCUUCUCUGUUGCUACUGUAGAUGCAAGAUUAAGAAACCUUAUAAGGCUGUCCAGGGACUCUGGUUAAAUCUUGAGAAGGAUCAAUUGUUCUGUCUCCUGGGACCAAAUGGAGCUGGAAAAACAACUGUAAUUAGUUGCUUGACUGGUAUAACUCCAGUCACUCGUGGAAAUGCACUAAUCUAUGGAAACUCUGUUCGAAGUUCGGUUGGUAUAUCCAACAUAAGAAAGCUGAUUGGUGUCUGCUCACAGUUCGACACACUUUGGGAUGCAUUAUCUGGACAAGAGCACCUUGAACUCUUCGCCACCAUCAAAGGCUUAUCCCCAACUUCAAAAAGAUCAGAAGCUAAAAAAUUGUUGGCUGAUGUGAAACUUGAUGAUGUUGCCAACGUGAGAGCAGGUAGCUAUAGUGGUGGAAUGAAACGUCGCCUCAGUUUAGGAAUAGCAUUGAUUGGAGAUCCGAAACUUCUCUUUUUAGAUGAACCAACAACAGGUAUGGAUCCUGUAACUCGGAGGCAUAUCUGGAGUGUAAUUGAGGCUGCAAAGCAGGGGCGUUCUAUUGUUCUAACGACACAUUCUAUGGAGGAAGCUGAUAUAUUAUCAGAUCGCAUUGGAAUUAUGGCAAAGGGUAGACUUCGUUGUGUUGGAACAUCAACCUUGCUCAAGUCUCGAUUUGGAGCUGGAUUUAUUGCUAAAAUUAGCUUCAGUAAAGUUGCUAUUGACGUAAAUGCUAUGGCAAAUACAAUAGGCAUCAAGCAUCACGAGGCUGUCAAAAAAUUCUUCAGUCAGCAUAUAGAUGUUGCACCAAAAGAUGAAGAUAAAUCCUUCUUGACUUUUAUUAUCCCUCAUGAGAAGGAGAAGCUACUCGAAAAUUUCUUUGCAGAGCUAGAUAAUAGAAAAACGGAGUUUGGCAUAUUAAAUAUUCAAAUCGGUCUUACAACGCUAGAAGAAGUGUUUUUGAACAUUGCAAAGAAGGCAGAGCUAGAGGUUGCUGCAUCUGAGGAAACUAUCAAGACGCUGAUUUUACCAUCAGGAACUACUCUCCAAGUACGUCUAGGAUCAAAGUACGUGGAGAUCCCUGGCACAAUUUCCACAGAGAAUCCUCGAGGCCUUAUGGUUGAGGUUUAUUGGGAGCAGGAUGAUCAUGGCAAUCUCUGCAUUUCAGGCCAUUCAGAUGAGACUACAGUGCCACCUAAUCUUCAAAUAUCAAGUUCCAGUUUAGUUAUUGCCAAAUCCAGAGUGUAAGAUUGAGAACAGUGGCCAGUGACCAGUUUAUUAAGUAUUUGUUUCCGCUGUUUUUCUCAACGAACUAUGUUGUAUAACGAGACGAUACAAAUUUUUAGAAUGUAGGAGUAGCUUUUUUUUAAUAGGA